AUGACUUCUAUGAUGAUGGGAUUUGAAAGCCUUAAGAGAUUCUAUUCUCAAGAUCUCGAUUUCAAAGAAAUUUGUGAAGAGUUGACUCAAGGGAAGAGGGUUGACCGGUUCCAAUUUGUUGACGGGUUCUUGUUCAAGGAUGGAAAAGUGUGUGUUCCUAUGAGCUCUUGGAGAGAGUUGUUUGUGAAAGAAGCCCAUAGUGGAGGCAUGAUGGGACACUUUGUAGUGGCCAAGGCACUUGACAUUCUACAUGAACAAUUCUAUUGGCCCAAGAUGAGGCAUGAUGUGAAAAAGCUUUGUGGUCAAUGCAUGGAAUGCAAACAAGCCAAGUCCAAGACUCGGCCUCAAGAUAUGUAUACUCCCCUUCCCACUCCUAUUGGUCCUUGGGCUGAUAUUUCUAUGGAUUUCAUAUUGGGUCUUCCAUGA